CACGCAGGGGUCAAACCUUUCGUAACUUGUUCGCAAAGAUAAAAGGCCACAAAUGUAAACGUCGAUUUCACAGUAAUUGCGAAGAUAUCGAAUGACCAGAAUGAGAUCAACAACAUUUACAAUCAUCUUUAUAUCCUUAUAUGGAUUAAUUCAUGCUGGACCAACAUGCAUGCGGUGCAACGAGGUUGCUGAAAUCGGAGAAUGUUUAACAAAUGUUGUCACUUGUGGAGACAAUGAGGAAUGUUAUUUGGAGAAAGUUACAAAGGAAGAUCUGAGCAUUCGAUUCAACGCAGGCUGUCGCUCGAAACAGGUGUGCACUCUCAUGGCCGCGCUGGCGUCUGCUGGAAGGAAACGAGACCUCGUGAACUGCGCCGAUUGUUGCUCAGAUGCCCCAGACAAGAAUGGUCCCUGUAAUGCUAAGUUGUGCGGUCUAACGCCCAUACAAACGGCGGCUACUUGCGUUGCAUGUGAUGGCGUCCACAGUGAUGUACUGUCUUGUACCACAGCAGCUACCUGUCCACCUAACGAGGUUUGCUAUACCGGUAUCCGUAUUGUUGGUACAGCUAUCCGCUAUGUAUUUGGUUGCUAUGAAGAACGUGUCUGCCGUGCUAUGUUAGAAAAUGACAACAAAAACUCCACUAUUCACGGUCGUGCUGGGAGGGUUAUUCAUGGAGAUCACGGAACGAAAAUCUGUGACGCUUGUUGUAAAGGUGACAGAUGCAACGCCGGAGACUGUUUCGAUAUUAAAAAGAAUAUGACGAUCGCUGACUUUAGCAAUGGUUCCGCUCCUCCCACUGGAACUCCCUAGAGUUACUCAAAAGAAAUAGUUCAUUAUUUCUAGUUUACGAGGGAAGAAAUAAACCAUAACGAGUUCUUUAAAAUGUUCUUUUUUCAAUCUGUAUAACUUUAAAAUAAAGAUGCGAAUUGAU